CUAGUAAACAACAGCACUCAGGUUAUGUUUCUUAAAAGUAUGGAUUUCCUGUAUCUUAAAAUGUUUUAUAAUCAUAUGCUAGUUUACACAAAUACUGUACCGAUGAGCUUUAGUAAAAAACAGGUUUAGUGCACUAAACAAUGACUUUUAUCAGCUAAACUUCCUACAUUAGAAAUCUUCCUUUUUUUACACGAACAAUUAAUUAAAUGUGGCAAAAUUUUAAGUUGGCUAAACCCCAUGUAAAAUUUUAAAUACAGAUGUAUGUAAUGUGGGCGUCGCCGAGAGUCACGUGACGCCGCUAGUGAAUGAGUUAUUACCUCAGAGAAACCUGUGGACUGACCGUCGCACCUGUGCGCGUGCCCGAUCACCGCGAUCUCGGUCGAUUCUCACUCAUUCCUCAUCUGUUAUUAUCACUUAUAAUAUAUAAUACAUUCAUAGGGCUCUUCUGGAGUGUAAGGUAAGAAACACUAUCAUUUUACUUUCGUUCCCAGACAAGUUUCAUGUGAGUGAGUUUAUUUUAGAUCUGAAUUUCCUUUUAUUAUGCGUAUUAGGAACAGUUUGUUGUUGUUGUUGUUGUUGUAUUCUCUCGAAAUGAACCCGUGAAUGCGUGUUGGUCAGUGUUGUGGUAAUCUCUGCUGUGUGUGUUCAGGAGAAACUGGUGGAACUGCAUUACUCACUCAUGAGAUGAUUCCAGAGCAGUUCAGCUCAUAAACACACACACACACACACACACACACACACACACACACACUCUAAGAUGACGGAGGUGCUGAUCUUCAGUCCUGAGAUCAAACCUCUGAUGGCUGACCCGACCCGACCCGACGGAUCCGACAGCAGGACGGAGAGCGCAGGACAGCUGGAGGAACCGGACGCCUGGAUGGAGGCGGAGGAGAACGAUGCUGACGAUGAGGAGGAGGAGGAGGAGGAAGAAGAUCAGCUGGUGCAAGCGUUCACACCCAACGUGAUGAUCCUGCAGUCGACGGGACGGGAACACACACAGAUCCCAGAGAUCCCGAUGGAGAAGAUCCCGAUGGAGAAGAUCCCGAUGGAGAAGAUCCCGAUGGAUGAGCAGAACUUCACCCCCAGCGCUCCUCAGCACUUCCAGCCGGCCUGGAUCCACCAGAUCGACAAACCUGAAGACAGCAGUUGUGUGGAGGUUAUGCGGUUGUGUGUGUGUGUAACGGCUGCCGCGCUCAUGUUCCCGUUACUAACGUGGGCCGGUUACAAGCUCCUCCCCUUCGACGCCCCUGCGCUCGACAGCACCCCCCUCAGGCUGCUCUACACACUGCGCUGUGCGUUCUUCGCCAGCGCCCCCAUCGUGCUGGGUGUGCUGGUCCAGGGUGUGUCCCGGCUAAGGUUCGGGACGCUGAAGCCUCUGUUCGACGGGACGUGGGAGAAUCGCGAGGUCAAAGUUCACGGACUCUUCGUUCGAGACUCGCUCCACCUUUCCCUGCUCUUCUUCCUCCAGCUCGCUGUCAUGGCGACCUACGCCCAACCGGACCUGCUCAAACUGGUGCCGCUGCUUACCGUCGUCUUCGUGUUCGGCAGGAUGAUCUACUGGGUGUGUGUGGCGUUCGGCAGCAGUGUACGUGCGUUCGGACACGCGCUCUCCUUCCUGCCGCUGCUCGUCCUCCUGGGAGCAAACCUGUAUUUCAUUGGCUCUGUGGGCGGGCCGGAGGCGGUGUUUGACGUGGCUCCUCCCACCACGGCCCCGCCCCCGAGACUGCGAUGGUGGGGGUGAACCCAGAGUUCAGCAUUCAGAACAAUCCCUUUAAAUAAAGAUGAACGUGACUGGAGAACGACGACUGAUUGUCCGUCCUGAAUCCCUCGGCACACACUCGCUCCUGCACUGGGAACCGCUGAUGAAUGGCCAGAAACUCAAUGGUGUCAUGAAGAAACCGGUUUAACCGCUGAAUCUGUGCUGUGCUCUUUCAGGAUCGAGUGACGCUCACAAAGCCUGAAAUCUAAGAAGCACAAACACACUGUAACACAUCACUCACAGCCUUUAUGAAGAAUGCACUAUACAGUGCUUUAAUGCACCUGUAUGAUCUCAUUAAUAAUUGUGCUUUUGGAAAGUGACACUUGUUUUACGGCCGUUAUGAUGUCUCACAUUAUUUCAUUACCCUCCAAAUGUUUGUUAUUGUUUUAAAAAUGUCUUUCCAAUAGCUAAUGUAAAAAUAAAUAACAGGGAUAUGCGUUUAAUAAUCAUGAAAAAUCUCCUAAAAAGUUAUUUGUAACCCGGAUAUGUUGGAUAAGUGUUUGUUUUGUGUAAUAUUUGAGAAAUGCAGUUGUUUAUGUCAUACUGUGAUUAUAACUGUUGAUUUGUGCCAUAUUCCUCAUGUUUACUAAUGUUUCUACUCAAAUCUGAUGUUUAUGAAUAAAUG